CACCCGUGUGAGAAAAUUGCCUGCGACGAACUUUUUCCUGGUAUGGGAUGAGAAGAAAGCGGGAAAGCGUUGAGCCCAAACACUGUGUUUAUUUUUAAUACGGACUGUCCGAACACUAGCGCGCUGGAGGUGGGGGAGGAGAAAACGGGAUAAAGAAACAGCGAAACACGUUCCCACAGUGAAACCGAAGGGGAGGAGAGGAGGAACGGGCGGGACAACGCCUGCGCACAACAGGCGUCGCCUGGCGAGGACUCUGCGUGCACGCAUGCGCCCUGAGAGUGGCGGCUUCGUCCGGUCCGGCGCCUGGAGAAGGGAGGAGGCUGAGGCGCGGCCUGGUGUGGAGCGCUGAGGCGUUUCGUGUUUCUGCCCUGUGCCCUGUCCUGUCAGCCUGGGCUCCGAGGGCAUCAUGAGUAUUGGCGGCUCGGACCGGAAUGAGGAAUUUUACCAGCAGCUGCGGCUGCAGGAGCUCUACAGCAAGAAGGAAGACGAAGGCGGCGAAGAACCUUUCACGUACACGGACUCGGCCGACGGGACGCAGUACGAGUGGGACCGCGACAAGAAGGCCUGGUUCCCGAAGGUCACUGAAGAUUUCCUGGCAACAUACCAUGCUAAUUAUGGCUUUCCCACUGAAAGUUCAGAGAAUUCAUCCACAUCUAAUGCAAAAACUGGAUCUAAAUCUUCUAUGGAUUCAAAGGCAACCAAGAUCCAACAACCAACUGAGCCAAAAGCAUCACAGCCAACAGAUCCUAAACAAAAAGGAGAGAAAAGAAAACCUGAACCAGGAUGGUUUCAUGUUGAAGAACAGAGAAACACAAAUGUAUAUGUGACAGGUUUACCACCAGACAUUACGAAAGAUGAGUUUGUACAGGUUAUGUCAAAGUGUGGUAUUGUUAUGCGUGAUCCUCAAACAGAGGAGCCUAAAAUUAAACUCUACAAAGACAAAGAAGGCAAUCUUAAAGGAGACGGGCUCUGUUGUUACUUAAAGAGAGAAUCUGUUGAACUUGCAUUAAAACUAUUAGAUGAAAAUGAAAUUAGAGGCUACAAAUUGCAUGUGGAAGUUGCACAGUUUCAACUGAAGGGGGAGUAUGAUGCCACCAAGAAGAAGAAAAAAUGCAAAGACUACAAGAAGAAGAUGUCUCAACAACAAAAACUGCUGGAUUGGAGGCCAGAGAAGAAAGACGGGACACUUCGACUGCGGCAUGAGCGUGUUAUCAUUAUCAGGAACAUGUUCCACCCAAAAGAUUUUGAGGAGGAUCCUUUAGUGCUAAAUGAGAUCAGAGAAGAUCUUCGGACAGAAUGUGAAAAGUUUGGACAAGUGAAGAAAGUCAUUAUAUUUGAUAGGCAUCCAGAUGGUGUUGCUUCUGUGUCGUUUAAAGAGGCAGAAGAGGCAGAUGUCUGCAAACAGGCACUCAACGGGCGAUGGUUUGGUGGACGUCAGCUCUCUGUGGAAACGUGGGAUGGUGUAACAGAUUAUCAGGUUGAAGAGACUUCCAGAGAAAGGGAAGAGCGAUUGAAGGGUUGGCAAGAGUUUUUAGGUGACCCCAAUAAAGAAAUGCCAAAAACCGCAUCGGAUGCAGAUUCUUCGGAAACUAGUGUCCAGCUCCCUGAAGGAGAUCAGCCAUCUAAAGAUAAUGGUGCAUCUGAGGGUGGUCCAAAGGAUGAAGCUGCUGAGGGAGAAGAUUAUGGCAAAGGUUCCAAUGAAGAUGUCACAGCAUCCACAGACAGCAGCGUGGCAGGCAGUGACGAGGAAGUGGAGACAUAACAUCAUUAGCUCAUUUGUGAAAGCAUGUAUUUAGAGUAACCUUUAGACCUCUGUUAUCCUGUACUUUGGAGCAACUGCAGGCAGCAUUCAAAUGAAUAUAUAUGCAUUACCUUAUUAAGAUGUCAUCAAUGUGCUUUUGAGAUAUUUCAUUAAAAGCAGCAUUUAAUGAUGAUCUUGAAGAAAAAAAUUCAUAUCUGCUGCUGUUCAAGCUGUGUGUGUGUGUGUCAAUAAGUAGCCAAGAGGCCUGCUGAACUGACCAGUUGUCUUACAUUGUAUCUUUGCUUGUCACUGUUCAAAGUCCAUCAGUGUAAGUAGGUACAAAUUUGCAGUUCUCAUUAACUGCACACCAAACUUUAGAAAUACACAGGUAUGAAUGCUUUUCAAUUUUUGCUGUUAAUUUACUCCCUGCCCCACUCCUUGGAUAUGUCAGUAUUUCCUUGGAUGACUGGUUUUCCUAAUACUACUCAUUUUAAAAUAACAGAUUUGAGGAUACAAUGUCAGCACCCUGAAUGCAUAGCUGAGUGGAAAAAAUAAUUAGCGCACUGCAAUUAAGAAAGUUUAAUGUUCUGAAAGGGCCAUCCAGGUAUGCAAAGUUCUUCAUGGCUCAAAUUCCUCAUUCAUUUCUGAGUUUAUCCUGAUGGAGGUUAGAUAACAAAUUGGAAAAAUGUGUAAAUAAUCUUUGUUUUUAAUCUCUAAUCUUUGUUUUUAAGUUUUUGUUGUUUAAUUCAUAUUGGAAACAUGAUGAAAGCUUGUGUGUUGGAAGUGUGAUUUUUUCAUAUUGUGUUCAGAUGUAUUUUGGUUUCUGCUAUUUGUCAAAGGUAAUGAGCAUAUGGAGCCUAUUCUUUUUAUAUAUUUGGCUUGACUACAGGAGACUCUACAAAUAAAAUUGUUUUGAGAUUCACUCUCAAAAUUGUUGCUCAGAUUUCUAAAGAAAGGGAGAUGUGUGUUUUCAGAUAUUAAUCAUUCAGGACAAGCAAACAUUUCUGUUUUAGUUUUAAAUGCACGACUUUCCAAAUGUUGUAUAUGAAAUUAUUUUCCAAUAUCCUUAACUAGCCGUCUCACUCAAACGCACUAGAAACAACAAAACUUUUACUGUUUUGAAGCUCAGUUCAAACACAAACCAUGAACUCGUAUGAUGAGAAUGAGCAGCGUAAGCCUCUUCCCCUUUGUGUUUAGCAUACUUGUUUUGUAUUUGGAAACAUAGGAUUAUGCUUUUAAAAAUUAAAAAGAUAGAUUAAAUUUACAUCACGUUUGAACUGUUUGGUUUCAUGAACUUGCUGCCAACAGAGGAAAACUUUUCCAUCUGAAAACUGGGAAUUUGAGCAAACACUGAACAAUCUAGUGUUGUUGGAGUUAUUUUGAGAUAAUAUUUGUUCACCCAGACAAGCUAAUUGCAGUUACUAAAGGGCUUCCUCCACACACAGCAGUGAAAGACGUGGCAUAAAUUGAAUGUAAAGGCCUGUACAGGAUAGUCUUGUGCUAUUUUGUGUCCUUGGAAAUUGUGGAUGAGAUAAAGACAGAUGAGAUCAUUCAGAUGGGAAUAUUUUUUGUGCAAGUUUAGCUGCACUAGAUUUUAUUAACUGGUGUGAUAGUUAAUUUUGAAUAAAAUAUUUCUGGAAUUUAAA